UAUGGGCCGACACGGCAACACAUUUUCAUCAAGUUUCUCGGUGCAAGUUGGAGUUCGUCUGUCUAUAAGGCCGUGGUCCAUCAGAGAUUAUUGGGCUGCAAUCGCUUGGCAUAUCGAUGGCGUCAUUGGAGAAGUCCCUUGCCAAGGGGCUAGAAUGCGCUAUCUGCCACGAAGAACUCCACCAACCCAAGAUCGCUGGACGUUGUGGCCACACCUUUUGCCAGGAUUGCUUACAAAGAUACAUAGCUACGACAGCAUUUGUAGCGUAUAGGCCUGGAUUUAAAUGUCCUUUCUGUCGUGGUGAUUGUGCAACUCCUGAAAUGGGAGUCCAAGAUUUGGCAACUAACUUCACUGUUGCUGGAAUUAUCGAAAGUCUCAAUAAAUCAAGACUCCUCAAAGAACAAGUGAUUUCAAAGCCUUGUGAGUUAUGCCAGGGAGGCCCCGCCGCCGCUGCUGCUGCCGAGCAGGCCUGUGCAGCAUGUGAUGGGAUAAUACUUUGUAAAACAUGUGGUCGUCAACACCAAAAACACCAUGAAACGAAACACCACGUGGUCACUGGUAUUUGUGAGCCACAUGGAAAGCCCCUACGCUUCUACUGCCGAACGUGUGAUGUGGUGCUAUGCAUUCUGUGCCGUGCUUCCAACUUCCUUCCAGAAGACCACCAUCGUCAUGAUGUUGUGUUAUACCGCGAUGAGGUGUCGACAGGUCGGAAUGAGUUGAGAACAGCACUACGAAUUGCAAGGAAAGAAACUAAGGGAGAACUCGAAAGAGUAGAAGGAAGGCUGGUGAACCUCUUGGCAGAAGAAACAAGGACACUGAACUUGUCAAGGGAUGAGAUUCAGAAUAGCGUUGAAGAGGCCGUCAACAAGAACAAGGCCAAGAUGGAAAAGCGAGAGGCCAAAAUAAAGAUGCUUCGACAGGAGGUGGCACGACUAGAAGAGGAGAACAAAACCACGUCUGAACAAACUACAAGGUUUCUGGAUCUCGGGGACAAAUUUGCGCAAAAACUCGAAGACACGCGUGGAAAGGCUGAAGAUGACGUGAACGUUUCCAAAGGUGAAAUAAUGUCUCUGAUGUAUCCGUUGAAUAAACAGAUAAAGCAUGGUCAGCUUUUAAUGGCCCAGCAGGCACUUAUGCCAGAACUAAGAAAUGAUUUGACUGACACAAGACAGGAACUGCAGAAGUUGUCAUCAAGCGCACAGGCUGAUCGACUGACACAUGUUCAGGAGAGAAUAGCUCUGCGGAAGCCAGAUUUUCAUGAAGUUGCAGAACUGCUCAAACAUUUUUCCAACUGUGUCGAUGUAGACCGAGUCGAUGAUGAUUCUUCUGGGGAAUCAGUCCAGAGUAGGGCCGAGAUUGGAUUGGAAUACUACGUCACAACAGGCAAAGAUGCUUCUGGAUGUUACUAUGAAGAUGUGAAGAUCCCAAGCAGUGUGAAGCGUGUUCAAGGCAUUUCAAUCAUGUGGGGAAAUCGCUGGGCCGUUUGUGGUUCUCUGCCCAUAGGAAGUGCGUGGAGUCUUUGGUUGUGGAAUGCAACAGAGUUGAAAGUACUAAAGACAGAUAACGUAUCCAUGAUAGACCUAGCAACAGUUGGGAAAGAUGAGCUGGUCAUUUUACGAGGUGAAAAUCCGCACCUUCGUCUGCUCAACGUUGUCACUGAGGAGGUUCAUGACAUUCGCAUCAAGAAGUACAAUCAAGAUGGAUUGUUGUCCUUCUGGCAAGUGGAAGUGAUCACUGCGGAGAAAUUCAUUGUGACCUUUCGUACAAAAGACGGAGUCCAUCAUGUUGCCAUUGUGAACAAAGAGGGCGGCAUCACCCAAGAUAUUAAAGUUGAACAAAGACAAUGCAUUGCAUUCUGCAGAAUGAAAUCUAUCAUUAUCACAUGUUCGUUCUUGGGAACCACUUUGACUGUCUACAACUACGACAGUGAGAAAGGUGCCAAUGUGAUCAGGUCUACUACAUUUUCUGAGUUGGAUGCCGGGGUCUCGGAAGGGUUCCAGUGCACAGAUAUCUGUUCAGGGCGCUUGGGGGAGGUCUAUAUUGUUGGUAGGAUCGAGCAACAACUAUUUCAACCAUCAUGGAAACAGACAGUUAAAGAGAUCCAGGUGUAUCAAUUGUAUAUGUACAGAGAAGAUGAACUUGAAAUGUAUCCAGAUGGAUUUGAUGCAAUGGCAAUUCCCCGAAGGAUGACGUUACUGGCAAUCCCAGGUUUAAAGAUGCGCAGUAAGUGGGUCCCAAAGUGUUCAAUGGGAGGCUCACCAGCAAAUAAUCUGCUUGUGGAAUAUGGUAACGAGGCCAAGAUUAUCACGCUUAAAGCUUCCAGUAAGCCAGAACACAAUGACUUAUGCUCAGCAAAUGCUGAAGAUUUCUUCUAGGCACCCAGGAAAAAAUCUGUGCAUCACGCAUAUCGACUUGGUGGUUAGCGGAAUAGACUCCAAAGAUUCAACAGAUUCGUGUGCAUGAUAACUUCACUAGAGCAUUGAGCAUUUCUAUUUUCCUUGACCACCAGUUAUACCAAACAGUGUACCCCUUUAAUGUGUUUGUCCUCAAUAACGAAUUAAAGCAACAUCAGGCAUAAGUAGCCAGUCGAUGUGUGGCACAUUACAUAAGUCGUAGUUCCACCUAUCAUAAAACCCCGUGUUUUUUCAAGACCCGUGUCUUCGCAGUGUGUCAAAAAACCCGCGGCGCACUUACACCUAUCAGUUGUGUUAGAUAAUGGUUAAUAGCCCCGGCGACAGGUGCGCUGUAGGUAGGGAGCUCUCCUGUGUUCUUUCCCGUUGGAGGGGGCGCAAUACCGAGGCAACUACACCGCGCCAUCUUUCGCCGAUCUUAGAACUUGCAAUUGCUGUGUCUAUUCAGAUUCCACCUAUCAAAAAACCCGUGUUGAACACGGGUCUGAAUUAGCCCCCGAUUAGCCCCAUCGAGCUCGAUGGGGCUAAUAGACACGGGGAUUUGACACACGGGUCUAUUUAGACACGGCAAUUCAUAGGUGUAAGCGCAAAAGACACGGGGAUUUGAUAGGUGGAAUUACGACUAUAAAUUUGCUAAGAAAUGAUAAAACAAUCAUAUUCAUAUGAAAUAAAUACUUUAUUAUGAAUGCUCCUUUACACAUACAGGACACCAUAUAUCAUUUUACAAUUUUUGCACAAUUCUUCGGAAACAAAGAUGGCACUAUUUAGGCCUAUGAUAAAAA